GCGUCGGGAUUCCCCGCCCCAGGCCCGGCCAGACCGCGGGAGUGGGCGUGUGGGGCAGGCGGGGCUGGGUGAGGGUCCUAGCGGUCCCGGUCCUGACCGGCGUGACAUCAGCUCUUCCGAUCCUGCCACACUGGGAACCACCAUGGAGAGCAGAUGCUACAGCUGUGCUGUGAAGUUCACACUUUUCAAGAAGGAGUGUGGCUGUAAGAACUGUGGUCGGGCCUUCUGUUCUGGCUGCCUCAGCUUCAGGGCAGCAGUACCUCGGACUGGAAACACCCAACAGAAAGUCUGCAAGCAGUGCCACGAGGUCCUGACCAGAGGAUCUUCUCCUGCCAGUACCUCCAAGUGGUCACCACCUCAGAACUAUAAGAAGCGUGUGGCAGCCUUGGAAACCAAGCAGAAGCCCACCACUCCCCAGAAUCAGGGACUGACCCAGCAAGACCAGGUCAUAGCUGAGCGCCUAGCACGGCUUCGCCAGGAGAAUAAGCCCAAGUUAGUACCCUCUCAAGCAGAGAUAGAGGCACGGCUGGCUGCACUGAAGGAUGAACCCCAAGGGUCCAUCCCUUCUACCCAGGAGAUGGAAGCACGGCUUGCCACAUUGCAGGGCAGGGUUCCACCUUCUCAGAACCCCCAGGUGGCACGUCAGAUACCAGACACUAGAACCCAGACACAGCAGGCACAGGAUCUGCUAACACAGCUGGCGGCUGAGGUGGCUAUUGAUGAAAGCCGAGAACAAAAAGGCCCAGCUGCCUCUCUCCAAAAUGACCUGAGCCAGGGUGGCCCAGGGAGCCACAGCACUAAUUCCAAGUGGCAGGCCAGCCAGUCCCUGGAGGAGGAAAAGAGCAGACUCCUGGCUGAGGCUGCAGUUGAGCUGCGAGAGGAGAACACAAGGCAGGAACGGAUCCUAGCACUUGCCAAGCGACUGGCUGUACUACGGGGACAGGACCCUGAUAGAGUGACCCUCCAGGACUAUUGCCUCCCAGACAGUGACGAUGAUGAGGAUGAGGAGACAGCCAUCCAGAGAGUCCUCCAGCAGCUCACUGAAGAAGCUGCCCUGGAUGAGUCAAGUGGCUUUAACAUUCCUGUGGAGCCGGCUCCCCGACCCCGGGUCCAAGCCUACAGGGCAGAACCUGAGGCCCAGGCUGUGGACCCCAGGCCUGACACUGAGGACGAGGAGCUCCCCUGGUGCUGCAUCUGCAAUGAGGAUGCCACCCUGCGCUGUGCUGGCUGUGACGGAGAUCUCUACUGUGCCCGCUGCUUCCGGGAGGGCCAUGAUGCCUUUGAUCUCAAGGAGCACCAGACCUCUGCCUACCACCGCCUACAUGCAAGCUGAGAGCACUGAGAAAAUUGUGGGCCUUCCAUCAAGGCAGUCCCAUGAGCUGGGGCACCCACCUCUGGGCCCAGUCUCAGGAUGUCCAGUGGGAGAACAUGUCUGGCUAUAUUGAUGAUGGAUACACCCCUUCCUGAGCCUCCAUAGGU